AUGCUUUGUUUUGUGGCGAGCUGUAACCACCAAAGCUUGCGGGAAACUUGGAGCUUCUUCAGGUUCCCAAAGAAAUCAAUAAAGUUAUGGGAAAAACUUUGCAGGAGACAAGAUAGGACAGUAACUGCAGCUGACAGAAUAUGCAGCUGUCAUUUCAAAGAUGGAAAAAAAGAAAAUGGACCAACUAUCUUCCCUUGGAAUCAAGGGCAGUAUUUUGACUUUGGAGACCCUAAUGCUAUUUCAAGACAAUGCAAACAGAGCCCAUCUGUAAACCAGGGAGAAGAAAAUGUGGUUAUGGUGGAAGAGACAGAAGCUGCACAACCAAUUCAAUCAUUUAGUGAGGGUUUUGACCAUGACCAGCAUCUACUGCGACACGGGACCGUUACAAGCACCUACUGCGAUAAAGAGUCAAAUUUAUUAAAACAAAUCCAAGAAAUGGAACAACAAAUUGACAAGCUGACAUCAGAAAUAGCUAUUCUUAAGACUAGGAAACAACCUUUCACCAUAAGCCAGAUCAUCAAUGAUGAAAAGAAGAUGCUGAUGUACACCUCCUUGAAAGCAGACAUGUUUAGAGUAGUGGACUCAACUAUUCAGAGAUUUCCAUUAACAUAUGUCAACAACUGGACACCAGCAGUGAUUUCAAGAACUGACCAGUUAUUAAUGACACUGAUAUAA